AUGACAUACGCUCUGCGUGCCGGACGGAGUCAGGGAGCUCAGUAUGAUUCAUCGAACCUGGACGCAACGAGAUACGCUCCUCCGCAGCAGCCGUACGGUGCUUCAGCUACAGCAUCCACAGGCACUGCUGCUGCUGCUGCUCCUGCUUCUGCUGCUCCUGCUGCUGUUCCCGGUUCCUUUCCGCACGCUCCCCACCAGCUGCCACCAUCCACAAUGAUCUACUCUGCUGCUCCAGGAUCAAACACGCAGCCUGCAAACGCAGCGAUGGUGUAUGGGCAAGCGGGAGGGCUUCAAGCAGCCGGCAUGCCUGGCAUGGUCGAGCCAGGCAAGCCGGUUCAUAUUGUACCACCGGGCAUGGGGAUUCCAAUGCACAUUUACGAUGGGACUGGCGUUAAAUUGGUCUAUGUGGCUUCGGCUCCUCCUGCUGCUGCCCAUGCUGCUGCCCCUACUCCUGCUCCUGGCCCUGUCUCUGUUCCUGCUCUUGCUGCGGCUGCUUCCGCGGCUCCUGCGCCUGAUGUUGCCUCCGGGGCUGCUCCCGCUGCUGCUGUUGCCCCUGGUGCGCCGCAACUUGUCUUCCCUAACCGGCACCCAGCACAACAUGUGGUUUACGGUGCCACCGCCCCUCCCCCCCACCUGCAACCCUCCCACAUGCAUCCUCAUAUGCUCCUUGCCCCGGGCCACGCUCAUCACCCGGCCAUGCCAGCAGCUGCUGCUGCAGGUGCUGCAACUGCUGCUGCUGCUGCUGCUGCUGCUGAUGGUGCUGGCAGGGGUGGGUUUCCCGCGUAUCAGCCCCAUCAGGUGCCUGUUCAGCAACCAGACUUUGGCGGGACUCUCCCACCGUCCACCCACUCUCCUGCUCUUCCCACAAGAACGGUUCGCAUCACGGCCCGAGCGUCUCCGCAAGGGCCAGGGGAAGAGGGUAGGGAGCAAGGCGGGCGCAGGACAGUUGUUCCUGUGACCCUGUUUCCAGGGCAGCCGGGGUAUGCAGACGUGCGUGCUGUGCAGGGCCAUGGGGGGGGAAGAGUUGAGGCUGCUGAGUAUGGUCGCGUUGUGCAUGUGGAUAUGACUGGUGUGCGUUUUGAGGUGGAGGAGGAGUUUCCCGCACUCAAGGAGGCAGAGUUUAAGUCUGCGAUAAGGGACAAUGUCUAUAAAAACCGCAGAUACUCGUUCACCCUCACAGACCAACAGGUGUCAACCCUCAUUGCUCUUUUCCGGCGAAACUCAAAACCGCAACAGGUAAGUGUGUUCAACCGUAUUGUUUUCCCCGGCGAGAAUGUCAAAAAGGUUGCUAAGAUGGAAGAAGGGAAGGUGGAGACUGUAGUGAGCCCACAGAGCAAGUCUGGGAAGAAAAAGGGUGGGUUGGUGAAGGAAGGUGAGGGGGCGGGGAAAGCAGAGGAAAGCAAGGGGUUGGCAGGGGUUAAAAGGGUUGUCGACGCGCGUGAUGUGGGGGAAGGGGAGGGUGGAGGGGAGGGGAGGGAGCUUGCAAAGGAAGGAGAUAUUGAGGGGAGGAGAGAGGAGGAGGUGGAGGAAGGCAAGGGGCAGAGAACAACACUGAUGAUUUUUGGGGAGGAUGAUGAGGAGGAGAAUGAGGAGGGUGGACGGCAGGAGGAGGAGGCAGGUGAGGAUGGGUACAAGGGAGAGAAGAGCAAGACAGAGGAGGGUGAGGGAGACGAGGGUGAGCAGGAUGCUGGUGGUGUUUCUAGUGAGGUGGGUGUUGGAGAUGGGGAAAAGGAGUUGAAGGAAGGGAUGGCAGGGGCAGAGGUUGAGGAGUGCGGGCAAGCAGGAGAGGGGAAGGAUGAGGGGAAGGUGAACGGGGAAGUGGAGGGUGUGACAGGGGGGAUGGAGGAAGAUCAUGUGGAAGUUGAGGUACCAGUAGAAUGUAGAAACUUGCAGGAAUGA